GGCACGGCACGGCACGGCCCGGCUCGGCACGGCCGGACAUGGGGCACGGGGAGGCUGAUUCGCCGCCGGCCGCGGAGAAGAAAGGGGCGGCGGAGGAGGAGGAGGAUGAUUUCGGCUACAGACUUUUCCCAGACCGGAAUAAGAAGCCACAGAGUUUCCUGUUCCGCAGCCUCUUCACCUUCCACAACAAGUGCCAGCUGAUGCUGAGGCUGACCCUGGAAACGAAUCCAUAUGCUCGACUUCUCCUUGAGGCUCUGAAGCAAUCUGGUUGCACUGUCUUCAACGACCGACACUUUUCUUGUGAAAACUGUGAUGGCUGUGUUAGUGGAGGUUUUGAUGCUGCCACAUCACAGAUUGUUCUGUGUCAGAACAACAUUCGCCAACAAUCCCAUAUGAACCGGGUGGUCACACAUGAAUUGAUUCAUGCAUUUGAUCACUGUCGUGCACAUGUUGACUGGUUCAAAAAUGUCAAACACUUGGCAUGUUCAGAGAUUCGAGCUGCUAAUCUCAGUGGAGACUGUACACUGAUGAAUGAAAUAGCCAGGUUUAAGUUUGGAUUGAAAGGACACCAUCAGACUUGUGUGCGAGACAGAGCAAUCCGUUCCAUUCUGGCUGUUAGAAAAGUUAGUAAAGAAACAGCAGAAAAAGCUGUGGAUGAAGUUUUUGAUGCCUGCUUCAAUGAUCUGGAACCUUUUGGAAGAAUCCCACACAGCAAAGCAGAUGCAAAACGUGCUUACAGAGACUUUCAGAACAGAGAUCGCUAUACUGCUAAUUUGUAAGGUGGGGAGGGAAAGCCACAUGAGAAAUUACAUUAAUACCUGGUUGUUCAGUGACACCUGGAGUUACAGUCUAUGCCCACAGUGCUGAUGGAAAGGGCAAAGCUAUCAAACUUAUUGAUUAAUUUUUUAUUUUUCAUGAGCCAACUUCCAUGGAAGUAAAUGGAGUAAAUGAACAAGACUAAAAACUGUUUCCUAACCUGUUGUUCCAGAAAGAUAAUUUACUAUGUCAAAUGACUUGUCAAAUACAAUUCAAUGUGCUUUUAAUUUUUUCACUCUGACUGACUCGGACUUGGUUUCUGAAAAUUUUGUUGUUACUGAAUAAAUCUUUUCAUAAAAUCUUUA